AUGGGGCGAUUCAACAACUCCUCGCACCCUCUCGGCAAACGCGCCAACAAGAUCACCCAAGGCAUCCUAACCGUCCGCUUCGAACUCCCCUUCGCCGUAUGGUGCAACCACUGCACCCCACCCGCCAUCAUCGGCCAAGGCGUCCGUUUCAACGCCGAAAAGAAGAAAGUAGGAAACUACCACACCACACCAAUAUGGAGUUUCCGCAUGAAGCACAGCGCGUGCGGCGGGUGUUGGGAAAUCCGGACCGACCCGCAGAACAGUGAAUACGUCGUCGUUGAGGGUGCGCGACGGCGCGACUAUGGACCUACUGCCAAGGACGAUACGGCGGAUGGCGACCUGAAGUUCCUGACAGAGGAGGAGAGGCAGAAGAGGCGGGACGAUGCUUUUGCGAAUCUAGAAGGCAAAAUGGAGGAUAAAGGGAUUGAGAAGAAGAAUAGGGAGCGGGUGGAGGAGUUGUAUGAUAAAGCGGAGGUUUGGCGGGAUCCGUAUGAUGUCAAUGCGAAAUUGAGGGAAGUGUUCCGGGGGAAGAGGAAGGUGUGGAAGAGGGAGGAUAGGCAUAAGGAGGGUAUGCAGGAGAAGUUUAGUUUGGGGUUGGAUAUUGUGGAUGAGAUCGAGGCGGAUAGGACGAGGGCUGGGCUUGUGGAGUUUGGCGCUAAGGAUGUGGGUGAGGGGAGGUCGUUGGAGGGGUUAUCGUGGAAGCCGCUGUUUGGGGAGGCGGAGGUGGGGGAUGUGAAGGCUGUGGAGUCGGCGAGGAAGACGAAGAAGCUUAAGGCGGAAGUUGCGAAAGAGAAGUCGAGGCUGGGGUUGCAGCAGACUUUAGUCGGGAACACGAGGGCGGUGGUUGAUCCGUUCUUAAACAAGGAGGCUCCAGUGACACCGAGAAUCAAUCUUGGCAUAUUGAAGAGGAAGAGAGACGCUGAAACGAAGGACCCAGUUGCGAUAUCGUCGCCAUCGGGUCGACAGAAGGAGAAGACGGACAACGCGGCGCCGACGAAGAAGCCGGCCUUGCCUGGGGCCUUGGUCAAUACUGGGCACUCACCCAGGGGUAUCGGGGAUCUACCACCAGAACUGCUUCUGAAAGUUGCCGACUUCGCUGCAGUCACCGAUGCGAACUCCAAGAAAGUUCUCUGCAAGCUCUGUCUAGUCAAGCCUCUCAACCCAACCGCGACGGAAGCGCUUUACGCCAACAUUCAUGCCGGUGCCGACUUCAAUCCGGUCCUUCUCAUACGAACCCUCCUCAGCCAUCCCUCUCUCGCCGCCCUGGUGCGCUCGCUCAAGCUAAAUGCAGUCUGGAACGGGUAUCGGAACCAGAAGUACCGGAUAGCAGUAUUAAACAGCGAUGACCCCAACACCCCUCCAGUAACCCUCGAAGACUUGCAGGGUUUAACUACAGAUCCCGUUGUAAAACGGCUACUGCAAGCUCCAGAUGUUCACUUCGGGGCUGCAGCGUGUGCAUUACUAUAUCUCCACACACCAAACAUACAUACCCUGAAAUAUGCCGUGGAAGGCCACUACCGCAAACUCAAGCUCCCAGAGCUCUCCAUCAUGGUAUCCACGCGACCAUGGGAAAUUCCCUUUCUACCCAGCCCGCUCUUGCAGACACCAUCAAACUACAACCUCCUCAAAAACGUCACCAUACGAACCCCCCACAUGGACAUCGACCGCAUCGCAAAGCUCCUCCAACUACCCAACCUACACCAACUAGAAGUCUGGAACCUCCGCGAACUCCAACCACGUCACUCCUGGCACUGGGACGCCAAUUUAUUCCCCGACCACACAUCCACCGUCCGCCAUCUCACUCUGCGCGGCGGCUACCUCCACGUCGAUGUCUUGAGUCUGGUUCCAGCUGUGGACUAA